AUGGCCCCAGGUCGAUCGAAUCUGCUCCCCGACAGCCGUUACACCCCCAAGCCUCCCGCUCUCGACGUUGAGGACUUUCAUCUGACUCACCUAAACCACCCGAUGGUCAUCCGCGACACUGAGAACUCCAUUGAGGAAGUCGGCCAGGAUGUUUAUGCGCGCUUCCUCUUCUCUGAUGACCGCGAACGGGCUAUGGGAGGGACCGCCACCGAUGCACCUCUCGUCGUCCUCUAUACCUCGAUCUCCAAUGUCACUCAUGUUUCCGAGUACCGCGAUGCGUACACCAUCGAAGGGAAGCAAUUCCAAGGCAUGGACAUAUUAGACUGGGAUGUGGUUUCGUUCAUGGCGGCAUACAGAAGGGACGAGUCCGAGACAGUCCAGGAAGUCUACCGAACAAUUUACCGAGAGCUUAGAGCCCUUAGGGUUUAUGCGUUCUAG